AUGGACCGCUGGCGAGGCAAGGUCGCUCUAGUGACUGGCGCCUCGGCGGGCAUCGGACGCGCCGUCGCCAAGGAGCUGGUGCAGCAGGGGCUGGUCGUCGUGGGCGUAGCCAGGAGGCUCGACCUGCUGGAGGAGCUGUCUCAGGAGGUGUGCCAGCUGUCGCUGCCGGGCCAGCUGGUGCCGCGCCAGCUCGACGUCACCGAGGACGAGGCGGUCGAGGCGACCUUCCGCUGGGCGGACGACACCCUGGGCGGCGUCGACGUCCUCGUCAACGCGGCCGGCGUCACCUCCAGCUGCAGCCUCCUGGGUGAGUGCGAGGCCCUGGCCAACUCGUCACUCUCUGACUGGAAUGCACCCGCCUCCGAUGCAGGUUGCUUUGUUGACUUGUCUGUUGCCCGCGUGUGCGGUCGACUGUGCUGGCCCAGGGCGGGCCGCCUGUACUUCUCCCGGCGCGGACGGCGCACGGAGCGCCUCACUGCAGCGGCUCUUUGGCGUCCGCUGGCGUCGCCCUCAGCUUUGAGAGUGGCACAUUAG